UCUGACCUCACUCCUCAAAGCAGCCCGACUGAGACAGACGGGCGUCUACAUCCUCCCCGAACGCACCGACGGUCCUGCAGCUCCUCUGAACCAGCAUGGACAGCGGCGGGAGGAAAGUGGUCGUCUGUGACAAUGGGACGGGGUUCGUCAAGUGCGGCUUUGCCGGCUCCAAUUUUCCCGAUCACAUCUUCCCAGCCCUGGUGGGACGUCCCAUCAUCCGGUCGGACACAAAAGUCGGGAAUAUAGAGAUCAAGGAUCUGAUGGUCGGUGAAGAGGCGAGCGAGUGCCGCUCCAUGCUGGAGGUCUCGUACCCCAUGGAGAACGGGAUAGUCCGCUGCUGGGAGGACAUGCUGCACCUGUGGGAUCACACCUUCGGCCCGCAGCGGCUCGACAUUAACCCCUCGGACUGUAAGGUCCUGCUGACGGAGCCGCCCUUGAACCCGCUGAAGAACCGGCAGAAGGUCGCCGAGGUCAUGUUCGAGACCUACAAGUUUCACGGCAUCUACAUCGCCAUCCAGGCCGUGCUGACUCUCUACGCUCAGGGUUUGUUGACCGGUGUGGUGAUCGACUCAGGAGACGGCGUGACUCACAUCUGUCCGGUUUACGAGGGCUUCUCUCUGCCUCACCUCACGCGCCGCUUAGACAUCGCAGGACGUGACAUCACCCGAUAUCUUAUUAAGCUUCUGCUUCUGAGAGGCUACGCCUUCAACCACACGGCGGACUUCGAGACGGUGCGCAUGAUGAAGGAGAAUCUGUGUUUUGUCGGCUACAACAUUGAGCAGGAACAGAAACUGGCCAACGAGACCACCGUCCUUGUGGAGUCCUACACGUUACCAGACGGGCGGACGAUAAUGGUCGGAGGCGAGAGGUUCGGCGCGCCGGAAGCUCUUUUCCAGCCUCAUCUCAUUAACGUGGAGGGUGUCGGCGUGGCCGAACUGCUCUUCAACACCAUCCAAGCAGCAGACAUUGACAUCAGGUCUGACUUCUACAAACACAUCGUCCUGUCCGGAGGAACCACCAUGUACCCGGGACUUCCUUCUCGUCUGGAGCGUGAGAUCAAGCAGCUGUAUCUGGAGAGAGUGCUGAAGGGAGACACCGACAAACUCUCGAAAUUUAAAAUCCGCAUCGAAGACCCUCCGCGACGCAAACACAUGGUGUUCAUGGGAGGAGCGGUGCUGGCCAACAUCAUGAAGGACAAGGAGUCCUUCUGGCUCUCGAGGGCCGAGUACGAGGAGAAAGGCCUGAAGGUGCUGGACAAACUGGGAGGAGCGCCGAGAUGAGCACAAAACUACACAUAGACCCAACGUUUCUCCUUUUCAUUUAGUUGAUCUUCGUGUCUAAACUGAAAUGACUCAAAUGCAUGGAAAUAAAUGUGGACAUUAAUAAUAAAAGUUACAAAAACCUAAUUAAAAAAGUAAAAUGGCUAAUGUAAAAUAUGAAUAUAAUCUAUAAUAAUAUCUCAAUUGAGCCUGGCCUUACUUUAGACUUUAUAUCGUAUUGAUUAUUUUUAAAAAUAAAAAAUAAAGUAUUUAUACUGUAUUUUUAUGAACAGUUACAUUUAAUAUUUUAGAUUAAGC